GAAGAAGCCCAAGCUCGAGAGAAGAUAGUUCUUUAAGAUUGAUCCUCCGCCCUGAGCAGACAGCCUCGCGCUCUCUCACAGGCUCGCUGCUGCUUUGAUCUUCCCUUAACAACAGUCACGUCAUAGGGGAGUUUUGUCAAGCGGAGCUGCAGCAGAGUUUUAGAGGGUUCAGCAGAGGCAGCAAAGCAUCCACGAGACCAGUGUCCGACACGAGAUCCAGUUUUCUUACUUUUCGUCACCGCUAAACCUCGGGCACCGCUGAAGACAUGGAACACCAGUUGUUUUGCUGUGAAGUGGAUACCAUUAGAAGAGCUUACCAAGAUAGCAACCUGUUGAAUGACCGAGUUUUACAGACAAUGCUCAAAGCAGAGGAAAACUAUCUUCCAUCUCCAAAUUAUUUCAAGUGUGUGCAGAAAGAAAUUGUACCUAAAAUGAGGAAAAUCGUCGCCACAUGGAUGCUCGAGGUCUGUGAAGAGCAGAAAUGCGAAGAGGAAGUUUUUCCGUUGGCUAUGAACUACCUGGACAGAUUUUUAUCUGUGGAGCCCACCAAAAAGACCAGAUUACAGCUGUUAGGAGCAACUUGUAUGUUUUUGGCCUCUAAGAUGAAAGAGACUGUGCCACUAACAGCAGAGAAGUUGUGCAUAUACACGGACAACUCCGUCCGUCCCAGCGAAUUAUUGCAAAUGGAACUGCUGGCGCUAAAUAAACUGAAAUGGGAUCUGGCCUCAGUGACACCACAUGAUUUCAUUGAACAUUUCCUCGCCAAACUGCCUAUACAUCAGAGCUCCAAGCAGAUACUGCGCAAGCACGCCCAGACGUUUGUGGCCCUCUGUGCAACAGAUGUCAACUUCAUCGCAAGCCCUCCAUCCAUGAUUGCGGCCGGCAGCGUUGCAGCAGCAGUGCAGGGGUUGUACCUCAAAAGCAGCGACAGUUGCCUCUCGUCCCAGAACCUCACCAGCUUCCUCUCACAAGUCAUCAGAAGCGACCCUGACUGUCUGCGAUCGUGUCAGGAACAGAUCGAGUCCCUGCUGGAAUCUAGUCUCAGACAAGCUCAGCAGCACAACAUCUCCACAGAGACCAAAAGAGUGGAGGAGGACGUGGACCUCUCUUGCACUCCCACAGAUGUCAGAGACAUUAAUAUCUGAAUGGAUCGCUAUUCAUCUUGUGUGCGAUGAAUCUCUUCGUCUUUGUUUCUGUUGGGUAUGGGCUUUGGCCAAAGGCUUCAUGGGACAAAUGGAAAACGGGCUCACACCUGCACCCCACCAUCCGACCAAUACCUCGACAACUUGCCCCUCAGCGCGCCCAAACUGUUGACUGCUGAGCGGCAUCCCCUGUGGUUUUGACGAUUGGGCUAUCGCUGGCCAGGACCACCAGUGGAGGACAGGGAAUGAAAGGAAAUCUCAAUUCUGUCCUUCGGCCCCCCUCUAUGUCCUAAGUCAAAAAUAAAACAAGCGAAAAAAUGAUAUAGGCUAUCUAGGAUUUUAAAAUUGUAUAAACGACAACAGUAGUUGUGACUUGCCCGGACUUGUUGCUGAAAAGACAACGCUGGGUAUUUUUAUUUCAAGUGUGUCAGAAACUAUUUUUGAAAGAGAAGAGACGUUAUUUGUAUCUUCAAUGUCUUUCUCUAGUACCUUGUUACACUUGCUAAGAGUGCUCCCUGCUUUUUCUGCAGCCUAGCCGUGUAAAUAUAUCCCCGCUUGCCAUGCCUUUAGUCACUUUAUUAUAAUUCCUAGACAGAUUCCCUAACAAGAUCCUCUUCUCUUCCAAAAUGGUUUAUGUAACCUUAGUAUAUUUUUUACGCAUGUAUUUUUGUUAUGAUCUAGAAGGCUGUGGAUUGCCAGGGGCUGAGGUUCUAACUUGAGGCCAGACGGAAACAUUUCUUCGAAUCGUUGCCUUCACUGCCAUUAAUAAUGUAUAUCGUCAUCACUGCCAUGACACAAUAAGCUUAUGUUGUACCUGCUCCCCGGCUAAGCUUGCAGUGCGGUCCACAGUCUGCUUUUUUGUUUAGAUUCAUGUAUUAUCUAAAACCAUUCCAUUUAAAAAAGAAAAAAAAAGCACUUUCAGUCUGUCGUUUAAGGCUGACUUUUAGAGACAAAAAAGAAAAAGAAAGAAAGAAAUCCACAGUUGUUAAAACAAUGGGGGGAAAACAUGGAAUGGAGGACGGAGCAGGUCUCUUUAUCAAUGGUGUUAGUGGUCUGUUAGAGAAAGGAGAAGAGGGGGACAUUGAGAAGUUAUUUGCUCGUUGAAGGCUUAAACUGAAGCCUGCGGUGUAGUUUAACGGCUACGCGAUCCUCUUGCCAGAACGGAUGGAUGCUAGGGAACGUUUAAGGUGCGAUCCAACAGAGUGCAUGUAGAGCGGUAGAAACACUACGAUGUUAAAUCAAAGAUUAAGAACUAUUUAUUUUUUCAGUUCCCCUCUUAAGGCCAGUAUGCAUGAAUGCCCAAGUGUACCUAUGUUUGAAGUAUGUAUAAUGACCCGCUAGUUGCUAACUCGUGACACCAUAGUUAAAGUAUUUUUUCCGAGUUGAUGUACUCUGGUCUAGUUAUUGUUAAAACAAAAGUUGUGGCUUCAAGUAGAUUUUGCACAAACCCAGAGAUGUCAGUUUUGUCUUGUGGAUCUCUGGAAGGGGAGGAAGAUGAGGAGGAGAGAUGGUAGAGAUGGUAGAGGGAGGCAAAAAAGGGUGAUGGCUGGACAUCAAAGAGUUAAAGCAGAACUGAGACGUUUGUACCGUGAGGAAUAACUUAAGAGGAGAACCUGGGAGAAGACACUCCUCAUAUUUAGCUGCUAUGGAGGGAUUUCCAGCAAGUAUGAAACUUUCAAAUGGAAAACAACAAAAAAAGAAAAAGACAUGCUUCUUUCUCUUGUCUUGUUUUGCUGCUAUUUUUGGUUUUGUUUAUAUGAAAUGUCAAUACAAUGCCAUGUAAUAGGUUUUAAUUUUCUCAUAGAAAAUUAUGAUAUUAUUGACAACUUUGGUUCUUUUGGUAGUUUUUUUUUUUUUUUAUGUGAUCAAUUUUUUGUUAAUGUGAUUUCUACGCUAUGCUAUUCCCAAAACAAAGAAACAAACAAAAA